AAGGUUGAGUACCAAGAAUUGUUGCAAUUGCGAGUUAAAUGCACUUAGAUGGGCAAGGGAAAGGAAGUGGGGAGUUACUCUAGUUAACGUAAAUCGUACACAUCAUCCUUCUCUAGUCUUACACGACUAGACCUAACUAGACGUUCGACUACUACUCUGUUUUCAAAAGGACAACGAUUAUCAUCAACAGAUCUCUCUUUGGGCGUUGUUUGUUCAUUGAUUCCUUGUAUAAAAAGUGAACAAAACAAAACAACAAAAACAAUAUCGUAUAUAUAAGUAUCGAAAGUUAAUAAUAAAAGUGUUAAUUGGAUUUUUAAAAAGAAGAAAAAAAUGCCAGAGGAAAGUGAAAAACCAACGAUCACUUCGAGAUUAGAAAAAUAUUUGAAAGAAGCUCCGUUCUUCUGUAAGAUCAUCGAACUUAUCUUAUGCGUUAUAUCGGUGGGUUUAAUAGUCAACCCUUUCAAUGAAAUUUCUAAUAAGGAUAUUAAAAAAGACAUUAAUGAUAUUGCCAUUGUUUACGUAUCAUUGUGUGGAUAUAUUUUGAUAAAUGCUAUUAUCAUCCUGUGCCAUUUACUUGGUGAUCGUAUGCCAAAGAAAACGGCAAUAACAUUUUCCGUGAUGGGGGCGGUACUAUGUCUUGCAGCCGGCCUUGUCCUGAUUCAUGAUUGGACAGAAUAUCCGAACAAUUUGAUAUUACCAAAUGUCGAACAAUAUAGCCAUCAGAUGAUCUCAAGUGCAAUAUUUGCUAUUUUUGCAUCGAUUGUCUUCACUAGUGACAUUUAUUUUACUAACAAGUAUUAUUAAAUAUUAUUGUUUAAAAAUCACAUUUUUACAAAUCAACACGAUUAUUGAAUAUUUUCAAUAGGAAGAUGACAUUUUACGUGUAACUUUUAUUUCUAUCAAAAUUUCAUUCAUUUAUGACCCUCAUAAACUUUGCAUUUGACCAUGCGAGUAAGUCCCAAUGUACAAAAAGAGAGAGAGAGAGAGAGAGAAUGAAAUUCAACAUUUUUUUCAAGGAUUUAAAAUGUAAA